AUGGCUUGCGUCGCUGAUUGCAACUACAUUCCUGGACUUCGAGCAAACACGACUCACGGCAGCUUCAUCGGUUUCGAGAUCGCCACGUUGGGUGCAUUCUUUUUUCUCAUCUUCAACCAUGAUUGCGUCUUCACCAUGGAAUGCCUUGUCAUCCUUUACUUCCUCUUCGGAGGCAUAGCUGCUGUUCUUGGUCCUGAUCUGGUCGCAGGACUUAUCGGCCGUCGAAUUGCAAAGAAACUAGGAGCACAAGACUUCGUCGUCAUCCUUCUUGUGUGCAUCGUGUCUGCGGUAGCUCUCUGGUUCUAG